AGAGAGAGCACUGUUGGUGCUUGUCUGUGUAUUCUGGGUUACCUCACAUCUAUUGUUUUCUUUCUGAGAGAGCGCUCUGCAGACCUGAAAACACAAAGAUUCCUGCCGUAGUGGAAUGCCUGUCUUGCCUGGAUUUCCUUUAACGUUAUAGUGUUUUCUCACCGAAUUUCUCCAUCCUUGGUUUUUCUGGAAUGAGCUGUUUCCUGCCUGCGUCGUUUCCAUGCCAGCAUGGGAACUGUCGUGUCUAAAAGGAAGAAUUUAAGAAACGAUGCGAUAUCUUCCGUGGCAGCAAAAGUUAGAGCAGCGCGAGCAUUUGGAGAGUACCUGUCCCACACACACCCUGAGAACCAAAACGGAUCAGCCCAUCUCCUGUCUGACACGUUUGUGGGCCCAGACUCUGACUCCCCUGGUGGUGUCCGUCACCACAACAACAACCACCCAUACCCCCACAGGGGUUCUCCAGCCCCCCCUGAGUCCAGCCUGGUGAAAUCUCCGCUGGGCCACCUCCAGCCCCCACCCCCCUCCAUCACCACCACCAAGACCCGCCUGUCUCUGGAGCGCAGCUUCUCAGCCGAAGAGGACCAGCAGAAGUGUGUGGAGUGUGCCCUGCAGCCUGCCCGUGUCUACACCAUCACCGGAGAUCACAGUAUGCUGGGUAGCAACCGGGGAAGCAAGGAGAGCCUGGAGCUGGAAGUGCUGAAGGGGGCGUCGACCCUGGUCCAGCCCUCCACCUCCCCCUCCUCCACCUCCUCCCCCACCCAGCACCACCUUCGCCAUGGACACCGUGGCAAUACUCAUCGCGACGAUGGAAGCCAUCGUCACGGCAACCCUGUUGCCGGCGGCAGCAGCAGCAAUCACCACACCCUGGCUGUUACCGGCGGGGGUGCUGCCCACCAUGGUCACCAUGGCAGCCACCACCACCUGUCCCAGCAGCCCCUGUCAAGCUCAGUCAGCGCCCACAACAUCCGCAGCUGGGGUGAGGGGGGAAAGGGGGGCUCGCGGGAGGACUGCAGCCUCAACAUGGCCUUGGACUCUAGCGGGGCUCCAUCCCGUAGCCAGGGCUCCCUGGAUCUAGAGAGCUCCCGCGAGGCAGGCAAGCAACACAGACUCCUUGAGAGGAUGUGGAGUGUGGACCGGAUGACUGGGCUGGAGAGAGAGGACAACAACUGGUACCCAAAAGAAAAUAUGUUCAGCUUUCAGACUGCUUCUACUACCAUGCAGGCGGCUUUCCGGGGAUUUGUGCAGAGAAAGAGGAGAGAAAGGGAGCUGGAUUCGGCUGAAGUCAUCCAGAGGAACUUCCGGAAGCAUCUUAGAAUGGUGGGCAGCAGGAGAAUGAAGGCACAGACAUUUGCCGAGCGUAGAGCGAAGAGUUUCAACCGCUCCUGGAGUGACCCCACCCCUGUCAAGAAUGACUCUUCACAUGCCACCAGAGACAGUGGGGACCUGCCAGCCUCUUGUGGGACUCUGGAUGAGGGGGAGCGUGAGGACCUAGACUGGGAGGAGGAGAGGGAGAUGGAGAGACUGGCCUGUGAGGGAGAUGACUUCAUCCCACCCAAAAUUAUGCUGAUCUCCUCCAAAGUCCCCAAGGCAGAGUACGUUCCCACCAUCAUCCGCAGGGAUGACCCCUCAAUCAUCCCCAUCCUCUAUGACCAUGAACAUGCUACGUUUGAUGAUAUCCUCGAGGAGAUUGACAAGAAGCUAACAGCCUACAGGAGAGGCAGCAGAAUCUGGAGGAUGCUCAUCUUCUGUCAGGGAGGUCCAGGGCAUCUGUACCUGUUGAAGAAUAAAGUGGCCACAUUCGCCAAGGUGGAGAAAGAGGAGGACAUGAGUCAGUUCUGGAGGAGGCUGAGUCGGUUUAUGAGCAAAGUGAACCCUGAACCCAACCUCAUCCACAUUAUGGGCUGCUACGUCCUAGGAAACCCCAAUGGAGAGAAGCUGUUCCAGAAGCUAAAGAACCUGAUGAGGCCUUACUCCAUCCAAUUUGAGUCACCACUGGAGCUGUCCGCACAGGGAAAAGAGAUUAUUGAGAUGUACUUUGACUUCCGUCUCUUCCGCCUGUGGAAAACCCGCCAGCACUCCAAACUCCUGGAUUAUGAAGAUCUUUUGUGACGGGGCUCCAAGUGAAGUCAAUCCUGUAGCAUACAUACAGUCUAUACUGGGGCAGGAGGACCCACUCAACACCACUGCUCAACACAACUGUAACACCCAUCAUACCUGCUUUCAUCCAGGAGAGGGCUGGGAGAGGUGGAAGAGGAGAAGAGGGAGAGGAGUGAUAGAGAGGAUGAAGAGGAGGAGGAGGAGGAUGAAGGGUGACAUAGCAGAUUUCACGGCGCUGUGUGCCUAACCCAUUAUUUAUUUCAACCCUCCUCUUCACCUCCUACGCAACCACAAAGGUCAGGGGUUAAAAAGAGAGAAACCAAGCCAAAGGAAUGCUAGAAGGACAAGGAGACCUGAAGAUUGGAGAUAAAGAGUGAUGGAGUAUAAAUGGAGAGACAGAGGGAUGAAGGCAUCUUCUGUGCUCCUUCUUUCUAUCCCUCGGGGAAGGUGUCUGAGUUGCUCUCUCUUUCUCUCCCUCGGGGAAGGUGUCUGAGUUGCUCCCUCUUUCUCUCCCUCGGGGAAGGUGUCUGAUAUGCUCUCUCUUUCUCUCCCUCGGGGAAGGUGUCUGAGGUGCUCUCUCUUUCUCUCCCUCAGGGAAGGUGUCUGAGAUGCUCUCUCUUUCUCUCCCUCGGGGAAGGUGUCUGAGAUGCUCUCUCUUUCUCUUCCUCGGGGAAGGUGUCUGAGUUGCUCUCUCUUUCUCUUCCUCGGGGAAGGUGUCUGAGGUGCUCUCUCUUUCUCAUCCUCGGGGAAGGUGUCUGAAAUGCUCUCUCUUUCUCUCCCUCGGGGAAGGUGUCUGAAAUGCUCUCUCUUUCUCUCCCUCGGGGAAGGUGUCUGAGUUGCUCCCUCUUUCUCUCCCUCAGGGAAGGUGUCUGAGAUGCUCUCUCUUUCUCUCCCUCGGGGAAGGUGUCUGAGAUGCUCUCUCUUUCUCUUCCUCGGGGAAGGUGUCUGAGUUGCUCUCUCUUUCUCUCCCUCGGGGAAGGUGUCUGAGUUGCUCUCUCUUUCUCUCCCUCGGGGAAGGUGUCUGAGGUGCUCUCUCUUUCUCUCCCUCGGGGAAGGUGUCUGAAAUGCUCUCUCUUUCUCUCCCUCGGGGAAGGUGUCUGAGGUGCUCUCUCUUUCUCUCCCUCGGGGAAGGUGUCUGAAAUGCUCUCUCUUUCUCUCCCUCGGGGAAGGUGUCUGAGUUGCUCUCUCUUUCUCUCCCUCGGGGAAGGUGUCUGAGGUGCUCUCUCUUUCUCUCCCUCGGGGAAGGUGUCUGAGUUGCUCUCUCUUUCUCUCCCUCGGGGAAGGUGUCUGAGUUGCUCUCUCUUUCUCUCCCUCGGGGAAGGUGUCUGAGGUGCUCUCUCUUUCUCUCCCUCGGGGAAGGUGUCUGAAAUGCUCUCUCUUUCUCUCCCUCGGGGAAGGUGUCUGAGUUGCUCUCUCUUUCUCUCCCUCGGGGAAGGUGUCUGAAAUGCUCUCUCUUUCUCUCCCUCGGGGAAGGUGUCUGAGGUGCUCUCUCUUUCUCUCCCUCGGGGAAGGUGUCUGAGGUGCUCUCUCUUUCUCUCCCUCGGGGAAGGUGUCUGAGGUGCUCUCUCUUUCUCUCCCUCGGGGAAGGUGUCUGAGGUGCUCUCUCUUUCUCUCCCUCGGGAGAAGCAUAAAUAAAUGUAUAUACAUCCCAUGAAUAUAGUCUAGCUCUAGUCAUGCAAAUACUCUAUAUAUGAGAGUAUGAUAUUUUUGAUGUGCAUCGUUGGGGUGUUUCUUAUGGACUGUUUUCAAUAACUCAGGUUUUAGCCAUGAAACAAUCUCUGUUUGUUUGAUCCCCUACUCUAUCAUAUGUUGUUAUCAUCAUUGCCAUUGCUUGGGAUGAAUGUAUAUCUCAGAGACAUUUAUCUUCUAUCUAUUUCAACUGAUUCAGCUCCAGAUCCCAAAGUGUAGGGAUGAUGUGAUCACAUAUACAGCGUCCGUGGCCGUGUGUGUGCGUGUCCGUUUUCCCUCUGUGAUAUAGCCAAGCUGAACCAUUCAAUUUCUCACCACAGAGUGAAGUCACUGACACACACUUCCAGCAGAUGACUUGUGAUGUCAGGUCUGGUGUCAUCGCCAACAGCUCAAGCAAAGCUCCUAUUAGUGUUGCCCAGUAACAGGAAAUGAUCAGGGGACUUCUAAAAGGAACAGCUGCUCUGCUUACUGUUGGAAAAGAGAAAGACAACUCCACACUAGUCAAAGCCAGCCUGCUUACACACACAGCAUUAUUCCCUGCCAAGGUAUUCUCUGUAAGCGCCAAAUCAACACAACACAACACAAACACAUUUGUCUUCCUUUGUGUGGCUGUUCUGUCGGCCUGUGUCAUGCUCUUAAAAAAUGUUCUGUUUCUGAGGGGAACUAAUGGGUGAGGAGUUGAGGGGUAGAUAUCAAUGUCAUCACUCAGAUGUAGCAAUAGAUGUGGUGGUGUGUUGGCACUUGAACAAUACUUUGACAUGGGGACCUUGACCCACCUCCGAAAGCUCUAACUGUUGGAGACCCAGACCCAGACCCAGACCCAGACCCAGACCCAGACACAGACACAGACACAGACCCAGACACAGACCCAGACACAGACCCAGACACAGACACAGACCCAGACACAGACCCAGACACAGACCCAGACACAGACCCAGACACAGACCCAGACACAGACACAGACCCAGACACAGACCCAGACACAGACCCAGACACAGACCCAGACACAGACCCAGAGCUCUUAAAUCAGUUCUAUAUGUACUCUUCCGUUCUCUUCUCUAAAGUUCAUAUAAGCCUUGGAUGCUCCAUCUGAAGAUGCACUCACCCAUACUGUGUAUCUCUCUGUCCACCAUAUCUGAUCAUUUAUGGAACAUCAAUCUCUAUGACUGUACUGUUACCUUUGAAAUCUUUUUUUUAAAGUGUGAGGGAAAACAUAAGAGCGGAUUGAAAAGAAAUGUAGCAAAAAUAAAUGAGGAUUUGUUUUACCUACAGUUGAAUUCGGAAGUUUACAUACACCUACAUACGCCAAAUACAUUUAAACUCAGUUUUUCACAAUUCCUGACAUUUAAUCCUAGUAAAAAUUCCCUGUUUAGGUCAAUUAGGAUUAUCACUUUAUUUUAAGAAUGUGAAAUGUCAGAAUAAUAGUAGAGAGAAUGCUUUAUUUCAGCUUGUAUUUCUUUCAUCACAUUCCCAGUGGGUCAGAAGUUCACAUACACUCAAUUAGUAUUUGGUAGCAUGGCCUUUAAAUUGUUUAACUUGGGUCAAACAUUUCAGGUAGCCUUCCACAAGCUUCCCACAAUAAAUUGGGUGAAUUUUGGCCCAUUCCUCCUGACAGAGCUGGCGUAACUGAGUCAGGUCUGUUGGCCUCCUUGCUCGCACACGCUUUUUCAGUUCUGCCCACAAAUGUUCUAUGUAAUUGAGGUCAGGGCUUUGUGAUGGCCCACUCCAAUACCUUGACUUCGUUUUCCUUAAGCCAUUUUGUCACAACUUUGGAAGUAUGCUUGGGGUCAUUGUCCAUUUGGAAGACCCAUUUGCUACCAAACUUUAACUGCCUGACUGAUGUCUUGAGAUGUUGCUUCAAUAUAUCCACAUAAUUUUCCUCCCUCAUGAUGCCACCUAUUUUGUGAAGUGCACCAGUCCCUCCUGCAGCAAAGCAACCCCACAACAUGAUGUUGCCACCCCCGUGCUUCAUGGUUAGGAUGUUGUUCUUUGGCUUGCAAGCCUCCCCCUUUUUCCUCCAAACAUAACGAUGGUCAUUAUGGCCAAACAGUUCUAUUUUUGUAUAAUCAGACCAGAGGACAUAAAAAGUGCGAUCUUUGUCCCCAUGUGCAGUUGCAAACCGUAGUCUGGCUUUUUAUGGUGGUUUUGGAGCAGUGGCUUCUUCCUUACUGAGCGGCCUUUCAGGUUAUGUCAAUGUAGGACUUGUUUUACUGUGGAUAUAGAUACUUUGUACCAGUUUCCUCCAGCAUCUUCACAAGGUCCUUUGCUGUUGUUCUGGGAUUGAUUUGCACUUUUCGCACCAAAGUACAUUCAUCUCUAGGAGACAGAACACGUCUCCUUCCUGAGCGGUAUGACGGCUGCGUGGUCUCAUGGUGUUUAUACUUGCGUACUAUUGUUUUUACAGAUGAACAUGGUACCUUCAGGCAUUUGGAAAUUGCUCCCAAGGAUGAACCAAACUUGUGGAGGUUCAUGGCUGAUUUAUUUUGAUUUUCCCAUGAUGUCAAGCAAAGAGGCACUGAGUUUGAAGGUAGGCCUUGAAAUACAUCCACGGGUACAUCAACAAUUGACUCAAAUGAUGUCAAUUAGCCAAUCAGAAGCAUCUAAAGCCAUGACAUCGUUUUCUGGAAUUUUCCAAGCUGGUUAAAUUAAAGACACAAUCAACUAAGUGUAUGUAAACUUCUGACCCACUGGAAUUGUGAUACAGUGAAUUAUAAGUUAAAUAAUCUGUCUGUAAACAAUUGUUGGAAAAACUACUUGUGUCAGGCACAAAGUAGAUGACCUAACCGACUUGCAAAAACUAUAGUUUGUUAACAAGACGUGUGGAGUUGUUGAUAAACAAGGUUUAAUGACUCCAAUCUAAGUGUAUGUAAACUUCCGACUUCAACUGUACUUAUUUGAACUAAUUGCUUCUUUCCUCUAUCCAGGUUACUGUGUAUGGUAUGGUAUAUAGCGCACCGAGUGAGAAUCCACAGACAUGAUCUGUGGUUUGUAGCAGCUACAUGGUAGAGAUGGGAGGAAAGUAAGAAAGUUGAAAAUGACCGAAAAUGGACUUUCUCACUCUUUUUGAUACUCUCUCUUGCUAACAGGGCUUUAUGUGCAGCGACUCACUGUACUGUACCCGUCAGAGUUCUGGAGCACUGAGGAAAAAUAAAAACACUUGUUCAUGUCUCAUAGGAACUCAGACAGAGAAUGAUGCUGUUUUUAACGUCUGCCUAUAGGCCCUGCUCAAAAGUAGUGCACUAUAAAGGGAAUAGGGUGCAUUUGGGACAACGCCGAGGAGAUCUUCUCUUUAGCCACGUCUCUCCUCCUCUCUUGGCUGCCCACUGAGAGACGGCUGGUGGCUCAGCUGGAAGAUGAUUGGCUUUGUUAGAGGAUGAUUGAUCGAUGACACACUGAAGAGGCAUACAGCCCGCCCACUUGGUGGAUUGUGGCCCGUGUUCCAGGCUGUCUACAUUGAAGACUCAUGUAUUUCAGAUUUCACAUAUCAUCAAACCAAAUCAUAUAAUACAGAAAUGUGAUGCUUGACUGUGCAGUCGAUGACCUGGCACACAACCAUUGGUUGAUGCAUUUUUGGUUGAUCCAUUUUUAACCAAUGAAUGCCCCAUGAUUGAUAUUUAGUGCCAUUUAGAAAUCCACUGCCUUUUGUAUGUCUGUUUUAUUCUAUAGCAAGUAGUCCACACUGAAUUAUAAUCUAUGAAUCAUUUAAGACAUGAGGGGAGUGUGAAACAAUGUGAUCAUUUAUUUUGGAGCACUCUAAUUCUCAAUGUGUUUUUAGAUCAAUAUAGAUAACAAUAAAAUACACACUGUAUAUCUCUACUGGUGAUAAUUAUCAUUUGAAAUGACCAACCUCGAAAGCAAAUCAGUGUUGUGAGCAUUUCAUUGUACUUUACCAUCAUGUUAUUGAGAGGGAGAAAAUACAUUUUGGAUUAAAGUGGGCUGUGUUAAGGGCAUCCAUUAAAUCUACUGAGAGAAACCAUGUACACAAUUGGCACACAAUCGCAUGCAUAAUGGUUUUUGAAGCAUAUUUUCCAGUAAAAUAACCUGUGGAAAUAGAGACCAGAGUUUGCCUCGUUUUUUCAUUGAUGUCUUGUCAUUUCAUUAAAGCGAGUAUUAACGGCUUUGUGCUGGAAGAGCCGUGUUUCAGAGUGCUACAGCUGGGUUCUUUCACCCUGAAAGGCCAUGUGCUCUGCCUCACACUCCGCUCCUAAUGAGUCCAUUGGAGAAAUGAAGAAUUCCAGUGACCCUGUGUCAUAUCCCUAGCAGGGUCAGUGAACAGGUCCAUUUAACAUCAUUGAGUGAUGACUUGGAAAGAAAGUCCGCACUGAGCACGCACGAUGCAGACUGAGCACUCUAUAAAGCAAUGGGAGUGUACAGAGAUAAGCAUUGAUUCAGACUGAGGAGUAAAG